AUGCGCGAAUGCGAAUGCCUCCACGAACCAAUCGACGGUAUUGCCGUUUACGCCAACUUGGUUUGUUCUGCAUUCUUUCAAGUUUUCAACUUCAAAAAUGCCUCUCAAGAAAAAUUAAUCAAAAUUAUUUUAAAUGUAUCUGAUACGAAAUGAAUUUAACAGUUUUUUCCAUUGUUUUAUCACAAGUAUUUCAAUUCAACGGAAUUUCUAAAAAGCUAAAAACUCAGAAAAGAGGUUAUUUUCCAAUCCUUUCAUCAUCUGUAUCUGAAAAACAAAACUUGUUGAAUUUUACACUCACCGUUUGAAUCAAAAUUUUUUUCUCAAGAUUUUUUUGAAUUUCAAUGAUAAUUCAGAAGCAAGACACUUUUUGAUAAACCCGAAUGAAAAAUUAUCGAUAUUGACUUUUUUUCAAAUUUGAAUAUUGGCGACUUGAAAAGAGCUAGAGCUUCUCAACUUCUUCAAUUCCCUAAUUUUGUAGGAUUUUUUUCUGACUGCCAUUAUCUCAUUUACUUUUUAUCGAUAGAUGAGAAAUUUAUUUUUUUCAAUAAUGCCUCAAAAAGUGCGAAAAUAUAUUUUUCAAAUUCAAAAAAAUCAAUAAACUUUUUCAGAGACGAAGACUAUUUUGUAGAGAAGAAAGGCAACAUUUCAACUAAUUAGUUUCAGCUUAAUCUGAUUUUUUUCUGCGCGAACCUACGUUCGAGUUAAUGCAAAUUGAAUUGUUCCAUUCUUUGGUUUUUCUAGGCUAGCAUCUGGAAUAGUAUAGGGAUAAUCCACUCGAGAUGGUUUAAAAGGACAUAAAAAUGAGAGAAAACUGAUGGGCUUUACUAAAAAGGGAAAACAUUUCAUCUAUCGAAUUGCCCUAUGAGUGAUUUUCGACUUCAAGACGUAGCCCAAUGGCUGAAUAUUGAGCUCACUGAGUUCAGUCGAAAAUUCGGAGCAAAGAAAUUUAAAAAAAUUACUUAAAACCAACUUCUUCUAUUGUUUUUUUAGAAAACGAUUAUUUCAGGCGCUGAUAGUUGUUCUGCUGCCUAUCAUUUCAAUCGUCGGUGUCGUCCUCAAUUUUUUCAACAUUUUCAUAUUCUGUCAGCAGAAAAACACGGCGGCUAAGUACUUGACCGCUCUAGCGUGCAGUGACGUCGGUGAGUUCUUUCGUGUUUCUUUGAUUUUUUCCUCCAUUCGGAAAACCUCCAUUCUAUUUGGUUCUGUCUGGGGUUCUUCCCCUUCACAAUAUGAAUUUUUUCGCUUCCCCCGCUCCUGAAUGGAACACUUAGGCAAUGCAACGAAUCACUGCAGAGAAAAAACAGAAAAGUCGUCCAUCUUUUUGUUCUGUUUUUCAAUAGGCUUCCUGGUUUAACUUUUGUUUUUUUUAAAGAAAAAAGUGAGAGAGGAAUGCUUCUGGAAUAUUUCCUAUGACUUAACUCCGAAACGGCAACCGAUGCGUUUCUUUUGAAGUAGUGGCGGUUUCUCCUGAUGCGGAACGAAGGCACAUGGAAAUUGAGAAGAAUAAUGUGCACCGAAAAGCUCUUCCCGAUGACUGAGCAGUUCCUGACCUUGGAAACAGCGCAACUUCCCAUAGAAAAAAAAACAUUUCAAGGACAUUUUAGAGAAGAGUUUUUAUUGUUCAUCUAUUGAAAACUCCUUGUUAAUCUCGGAUCGACUGGACUGGAAUCUUUCUUUUCGUUUAAAAAAAGAUAAUUUUUCCACAGACGCAAGAAAUCAUGAUGUUUGCUACGCUCAUUUUUGAACGAGCGAGUUUUUGUUGAUUAAUUAUUUUAUUAGAAAAAAAGUUAGUGCCGGGGAAAUCUCACGGUUUUCGCGCAUCCAUAAUGAUUUUUGAACUCAGUUUUUGAGAGGAAAAUGAGGACUGCUGAUGGAAAGUUUUCAAGGAUUUAUUGACUGGAUAAGGCCAAAAAUAUUCCAAAAUGAUUGAUGAUAGAAAUUAAGAAAAAUAAAGUGUUUACGGAAAAGAAAUCUCUUGAUUCAUAGUGAAUCCAAGUUGAUUAUUGCUCUUAUCAUCUGAAAGUUUUAAAAUUAUUGUGAAAAUUUUUACCCUUUUGGUUUCGAAAAACGCUGACAAAAAUAGGCAUUUCACUCUGUGGUUAAGAUUUUUCUGAAAAUUGGCCAGAUGUUCAUUAUGUACCAGAUGAAGAUCCGGAGAGAAUCGCCCUGGACGACAUUCCAGUUUUUAAGACAUGUCAAAAGAAAUCCUAAAAGUUUUCGAAAUAGGCUAUUUUGGUUCGACUUUCUUUUUUCGAAACUAGGAUUUUGUAGGUUGAGACUUUCAGAACCUUUUUCGGGUUCGUCAAGUUUCUGGUCAAAUUUCGUGAAAUUUCUGAAUUCGAAGUUCAACGACCUCUUUAUUGAGUUAUUUUUUUUUCAUUUGUCUCUUUUUAAAGAAGAAUCCUGGCCUUUUUCCAUUUCAAUCGUAAAAUUUCUUUUUUCAGGGGUCUGUAUGGCCGGGAUCUUUGUGAUCUGCUCGGACUCGUUGAGAGCUCAUUCUUUCUUCAUCGACCAAUUUUUCGUCUUUCUUCUACCAAAUAUUAUCCCGCUGGGAUUGUUUUUUCAGGUAUGUUCAUUUCUACAAACAAGUGCAUUUCCAUAUUUUAUUCUGACGCCUUUUUCCCGCAUCCCAAGGCAGUUGUAAAUUUGAUAUUUCAUGUCUUCUGUUCUCUUGGGAGUGCUUAGAUUGGUAGAGUUGGAAACGCAGAAAAAAAAAUAGAAUUAUGCGAGUUUUUGUUUGAUUUCAGAUGCUCUCGGUCUACAUCACAGUACUGGCAGCUUUCGACUGUUUUUUCUCGGUUUAUAGGUGAGUUAUUUAGUUUUAAAAAAUUUUGUUUACGAAAAGCAGAGCAGAGCCUUUACCUACAGAUUCCAAAACUAGUAUGCUCAGUUUUGGCACCAACAAAAAACGGGAUUUGAUGUUUUUUUUUUAAUUUCCGGCUUUCGAGUCAAUAAUUUUUUUUCUACUACUUCACUAUAUACCCUUCCGAUUCGAAAAAGAUGAAAAUCACGUCCUCAUGAUAGAUAUAAUACAAAAUUUCAAAAUCAGAGUUUUUGUAUUAUUGCAUGAAGUUUCAAGCCUUAACGGCUAUCAACAGUUCAAAACUAUAAAAAAAUCUUCAGAGGAGUUUAACUGAAAAUACAAACUUUCUUGUUAUAAUUCUGUAGAAAUAAUGUACUUCCAAACUCAAACAUACUGUCUACCAAUUCUAUUGCAAGAUUAGAAGCGACUUCAAAGACUUCAAAAAAACUUUUUAUGUAAUAAGUUUGUUCCUUUUUUCAAGGUUAACGCCUCGAAAAAUCCAAUCCUCAAAUAUUUUUACCUCUCUCUGCAGCCGGAAAAUUGUUAAGUUUUAUGGAAGAUCAGAAAUUGUGUGCGUGUUUGACGGAGUGUAAGCUUAUCGAACUUGAACGCUUCGGGGGGAACUAAAGAAAAAUUUUCAGAGAUCAGUCAAACUUAACCUUUUCCGUAGUUUAAUCAAAAAGACAAGUAAUGAAUUUUCAGAGGGUCGCACAGUGAAUCAACCAGAAGUACGUGGGCUCCUCGAGUACUUGCCUGCGUCGUGAUUUCUGUAGCAGCUUAUAAUAUUGUUCAAUUCGCUGACCUUCAGGUAGUUUUUCAGCACUGGAAAGAAAUAACGGCUCAGUUUCAAUUUUUUUAUUGUUUCAAUGAAACUGAUUUCUCCUCUUAUUUUUUUGUGAAAUAUAGAAGGAGAGAGGAUACUGAGCAUGAAAAAAAUAUGGAAAAAGUUUUUAUUUUUGAGUUAUCAUAAUGUUUCUGAUUUUGACGAUUUAUUUUGAUGUUUUUGAAAUUAUUUAAUGACAUUUUUCAAGCAGUGUUCGGUUUACUUUGGAAAUAGUGAGUCUCACGAAAAUUCACUACCAAUGAGUUGAUUAUGAAAGCUUUAGGAAUAAGAUCAAUUGAAUAUAAUAAUAAUUUUAUAAAAAAAUUUUAUAAUUCUCAUUCAGAAAAAGAAACUUCGUAACUUACUGAAAAAAAUUCAAUUCUUAAACUUCCUUCCAAAAUGAACAAGAUUUCAGGCCAUCGAAUGUCUGCACCCGGACAACUACACGCUUUAUGAACUGUGUCCCACUGAGCUUCGAAUCAGCGAAACUUAUAUUUUGAUUUACAAGUCGGUUAUCAUCUUAUUUCUUUCAUGAUAGCAUUAUUUCAGAGGGUACCUAUAUGCAUUAUCCAUGGCUUUUCUUCCUUUCGUGCUUCUGACAGUUCUAACUGUUGCCAUAGUAAUACUGAUGCGAAGGAAAGAACAGCAAACAAAAUCGGAAAAAUUAGGUAAGGAUUUUUUCGGACCUAUAAAAAUGUUCCCACAAGUUUUCUCUCUAACUGAGAAGUGUCUGGAGUGUGAUUCAAAGUGUGACUAAUUCAAUUUUCAGUUUUUGAAAGUCUUGGGGGAGAUUACCAAAUAAAAAAAAACAGUUACCGAGCGCCACAGAAAACAUAGAAGCCUACAGAAAAAGUCAGCUAUAGUUCAAGAAUCUCUUUUAUAUACACCUUAAUUUGAAAAAAAAAACUAUCCUUGAAAAAUUUUAUAGUGAGCAGUACUAUAGACGUUCAUUCAGCGGAAAACGCCGAGGGAUAAAACUUGAGCUUAUUAUUUUCAUUUGGCAGACUUUUUCAGUACCCUAUAGGCAUUAUUUGACCUCAAACUUUUUUCUUCAAGGACAAAAACUCACAAAAAAUUUAACCAGAACUGUGCCAUUUAUUUCAGACACUUUCCUGUUAAAUUUUUCAAUUCCGCAAAAUUGAUUGGUUCAAUGUCAAAUUUGCAGACUGCGACGAAGAAGAGCAAUCGCCGGUCGUCCUUCUUCUAGUCGUCCUACUCUUUCUCUGCUGCAAUUUGACUUCAUUGCUCGUCAAUGUUUUCGAAAUGCUCAAAAUGUGAGAAAUUGAACAUUUCUUCCGGGAAUUUUCAAGAGCUUCCUCGUCUGGCAGGUUCUUAGGGAAAACUCAACCAAAUUGGCUUUACUUGUUAGGGAAUUUCGCCAAGUUUGAGAAGCUGCAAGCUGCAAUUGAGUGGGAGCAAUAUCAAUUCAUUGUUUUUUUCAGAAGACUCUCAAUGGAAGCUGAGGCGAUUCUGAUCGACAUCGGCAACUUUCUGGUCGUCAUAAACGCCACGGCCAACUUCUUCGUGUAUCUGGCGUCGUCGAAUGAAUUCCGCGAAUGCUUCCACCGAGGAGUUCAAAAGUUUAGAAAAUCCCGACAUCGGUCGCUGCAAAUCAUUCGCGACCAAAAUUUUAGAAUAUUCGACCAAGAUCAAGUUAUCAGUCAUUUGUAA